AUGCGAGUUGAUAAAGACGUGAAUAAAAGAGACGCGCAUGAUAGCUACUGGGGCCACGAUGACAGCGAUUCGGACUUUGAUCCAUCGAUGGAAGGACUAAACCUCACGGAAAAGGACGAGGUGUUGGUUGUAGGGAUCGACUUCGGAACCACGUUUUCCGGCGUCGCAUACGCAACCGCGAGUGAGUUUCUCAAAGGAACCAUCAGCACCAUUAGCGAAUGGCCAGGCUGCGGUGCAGACGAAGGCAAAGCCCCGACUGAAAUCGAUUAUGAUAAUGGGAUCACCUCGUGGGGCUAUGACAUUCAUCCAGAUGCAGACCCGGUCCGUUGGUUCAAGCUUCUUCUUUUGAAAAACGAGGAUCUUCAGGAUGAUGUGAAGUCCUCCGAGUUCUUCCUUCUUGCCAAGGAAAAGGUCAGGAUGGAGGGCUUGCAGCCGCUUGAUCUAGUGGCUGACUAUCUACGGCUGCUAUGGGCGCAUACCAUGAAGAUGAUUGAAAAGUCCCGGGGAGACCAAUUCCUGCCCGCCCUCAGGUUUCACAUUGUGAUUUCUGUGCCUGCAAUCUGGAAAGGAUACGCGAGACAAAGUAUGGAAGAGGCAGCGAAAAUGGCAGGGCUUUUGGCUCCUCGGGAAAUCGGCAAGACAAGGCUAAGCUUUGUCUUGGAACCUGAAGCGGCUGGAAUGGCGACACUUGCUGAGCCAGAGCACAAGGAGUUGGUCCAAGCUGGUAACGUCUGGCUCAUAUUGGAUGCUGGAGGUGGAACGGUGGAUCUCAUCAGCUACAAAAUUGCAUCGACUUCUCCUAUCACGAUGGAUGAGGCCGUUGAGGGGACAGGAGCCCUAUGUGGUGCAGUAUUAAUUGAUAACGCCUUCCAGGGGCUAUGUAGGAACCGUCUAGGUAGACGCUGGACACUUCUCAGUGCGAUUGGAGUAAAAGAGAUUAUGAAGGACAAAUGGGAGAGAACGUACAAGCGCCAGUUUAUCCCAAAACCAGACUCAAAGGAGGAAUACGUCGUCCCCAUCCCCGCCGAGGCUUUUGUGAAUACCGGGCAAGACGAUUUAUCCCAGCUUCCGCAUAUCAAGAAGGCUCGGAUAUACUUCCGACAAUCCGAUAUAAUGAAGGCAUUCACGGAGUCAUUCAACAAAAUUGACGAAUUGGUGAAGGAGCAAAUGGGAAAGAUCAAAGAGAAGGGUCUUAAACUCAAGGGAAUCAUUCUCGUUGGUGGCCUAGGGUCGAGUCCUUAUCUUUAUCAACAUCUGAAAGAUCAACAUACCAAGGCCGGACUGACAAUCAUCCAAUCCUUGGGAACGAAACCACGGACAGCAAUAUGUCGCGGGGCAGUCUACAAAGGUUUUGCGGAAGACCAACUUAUGGGCACAGAGGGUGACGAUGAUGACGAGAGCUCAAUGAGGAUGAAAACUCCCUACAUCCCGGCGCCCAUUCAGGUGACAUCAACUAUUGCUCGCUACAGUCUCGGAACAGUAUACUACACGUUGUUCGAUCCCCUCAAACACAGUCGGUCCGAUCCAGACUACGAAUGGUCUGCCGAUGAAGGCGAUUAUGUGAUAAAUAAUCAAAUGACCUGGUAUAUCCGCAAGGGAGAAAACAUGUCCAAACUCGACCCUGUGCGACAUCCCUGGUCUCGUUACGUGAAAAGGAACCAUAGGGGGAGUUUAAACGAUGGGCUUUACCAGUGCGCCAGCAGUGACCCUCCGCAGCGAAUGAACGAUACCGUGAAGCUUUUGUGUGACCUGAAGUGGACGCCCGAUGUUGAAAUAUCCAGUCUAAAGGAUUUUACUAGUGCGGAUGGAAAUCGAAGACUCAAGGUGCUUGAAUACGACAUAGAGAUGGUCCCUUCUGGCGCCUCUAUGGACUUUACGUUCUACGUCAAUCAUCGCAAGCAGGCGUCCCACAACGUCAAAGCCGAAUAUGAUUAG